AUGUCUCCUGCGAGGCAGCCCUUUGCGGUCCUGGGUGAGGCCAGACUGCGUACGGCCAACAGCAUCAAGAACCAGCAGAAUGCAAACUCGUUGAAGCGUCGACUGGACGUGUUGGACACCUCAGAUGCUGAGAAUAUCGACCCUCUUCUCAUGGGCUCCCCAUCCAAGCGCAACAAGGGCGGCAUCCAGGUGCACCAAGAUACCACUGAUAGCAUCCACAUCUUCACCAAGCCAGCCUUGCCUGUCAAGACGCCAGCAAAGGCGCGAAGCAGCAGCUCGGAAUUCAUCACGCCUGCGCGCCCAAUCCGUGGCCAGUCUUCUCUCUCUGCUCCCCUCAGAGCACCAGCUGGCCGUUCUCCAAAGUCAAAGGCAAAGAGCGUCAAGGCCUUUGGCCGUCGUAGCCUUGGCUUCUGCCGCGUUGACCCUCCCACUACCAACAAGCGUAGCAUGACUCGCGUGCCUUUCUCCAUUGCUGAUGCUCUCAAUGGCACUUUCACCGUCUCCCGCCCAGUUGCCGAGUCGACCUCAUCAACCACGCCAAAGGCUAGACGUCCAAAGGCAUGGGACUUUGAAAUCCACGCCGACACCGAACAAGACGAGAUGGCAAACUUGAUGCAACACUCGACCUGUGUUCUUGACAUCAGUGACGACGAGGAGAAGCAGGCACGCGAAACCAGAGGCAAGGAGAACAUUCCUCCUUCGCAACCUCUUAGUGAUGGAAGCAAUGGACCUGCUACCGCCCAACAUACGUCGACCACUGCUGCUAGGAAUGUAGAGAUGGGAGAUGAACCUCGUUCGCCUUUGGGUGAACUUGAUGUAAAGGCCUUCAUCCCUGAAGGUGAAGACAUUAACAGUGUUGUCAUUAUCCCAGAGGACGAGGACGACACAUCUGCCGAACAGAACUCUACCGCUGUUACUGUUGAGAAGCCAUCGGAUGCUGCCCAAGACAAGCAGUCUAAGGCAUCUGUUCAACCGGAAUCCCUCUCCAAGACAAAGAUCGCGAGUCUACUCGGCCGCACGGCUCCAAAGGUUCAACCCGAGGAGCAACCCAAGGAGGACACCCCAGCCACCGAAAUAAAAACUUGCGAGGGUUCCACUACAAUCGAGGAGGCCUCCACUACCACCAAGGGAUCCGAUGAGCCUGUUGAGCCAUCUGCCCCCUCGUCAUCCUAA